UUGGGUCGUAUAAAUGUAAUAUCUAAAGUUCACUGUUGACCUGUUUACAUUCAGCUUGAUAGGAAUAAGAUAACUCUAAAUGUGUAAACGCGACUCACUCAAGUAGGAGUUAUAAUAGAGUGUUACUAAGUCGAAGUUAAAAACCAUAUAAAUGUACUAACUAAAUGAUAAACAUUUUACAUUACCUCCAACACUCCUGUUUCUACGCUUCAUCUAAUUACCUUUGUCACACCUUAAUAUGCUGCAAGCAGAUUCUCUAAAGCCUCUACAAAGUUUUCUGAGAUUAUCGGACAAUACUCAGUGAUCCAUGCUGAUCGAUACUGAUCCAUAAAUCCAGUUAUUUGAUGAUCAUAUAUGCAUUAUGGAGAAGCAGAGACAGAAGAAGAAACGGGAUAAAUCACGUCAUUCGAUCCUGGAACGCCAGAUACCAGAUGCUCCUACGCUAGAAGAAUUUGAAUGUCUGCUUGGAGAAUCGCCGACAAAUUAUCCCAAGGGUGAAGCUGUAGAAGAUAUAGAGAGUGAAUUGCAUUCGGCUGCUAUUGAUACAGAAAUUUAUGAAAAACAGGCUGCUGAAAGAGCAGCUUAUGAAAAGAAAUAUAGUCAGCAAGAUGAAUCAACAAAUAAGGUAUUAUUAUCUGAAAACUCUUGUGAUGAAAUUGACACUGUCCAACCUUGCCUGGAGUCUGAAAACACUUUAGACGAUCAAAUAGAUCAAGUGCAAGAAAGUAUUUCCACAGUUCAGCUGAUAGACAUAUCGACUAUCCCAGAAGAACCCAGUCAUACAGUUCAAGAAUUUGAAAAUACAAUCAAAGAAAAGAUUAUAUGUCAUAAGACAAAGGAAACCAAAGUUUUAGAUACUAAAAAAGAUACUGCUAAUGCAUUUAAAGAUGUCAGACCAUUUACAGAGCAAGAAUUGGCCUCUUUAUAUUACAAUCAGGAGCUAACAUUAGUAGAUGCUUUUAUUACUGAGUUUACGGAAGCACAAUUGAGAUGCGCACUGCUAAAACAGCAGCAUAAACUGUAUGAGCUGCUGAUGAGCUAUCUGAGGGUGCGAAACCACCUGGUCUCAAAUUCUUACGAAUUGGAGCGUCUAAAGAAGAGCUGUCGAGAGACGCAGAAGCAGCUUUGGUGUCUAGAGAAGACAUCAGAGACAGAAAAUGGCGAGUGUCAAGAUGGCAAUCCCGUCACUGCUACUUAUGAGUAUUCAAUUGCUCAUUUCAAUCAGCAGACUCUAGUAACGCUCUCCAGGACACUAUCUGCUAUCAAGGACACGCUACACGAUAGCCAAACAUUGUACUGUUAUGAGGCUGAAUCGUUGCGUCUGCAAAUUGAACAUUAUGUACAAAGAGUCACUAUGAGCUUCAACGAGUUUGCUAAUCUUUCGCAAACCGCUUCAGCAAAUCUUUUACCAGAGCAAUCAUCCCAAACUCCUCCCCAAUUGAUCGAACUCAGGAUGUGCAUAACUAUCCUGUUCAACUUCCAACGCCGAAUUCUCAAAGAUGGCAAAUUUGUCACAGACACCAGAGAGUGGUUGUCAAAACUGAUAGCGGUGCUCUUGAGAGUCGCAACCUGGCAGGAUUUGCUGAACCAUAUACUGCGAUGUCCUGGUGGCGUGAUGAACUGGGCCAAGUCCUUCGUACAAGUGCCAGUACCGCCAAAAAUUUCGGGAUUGAGUUCUUCGCCAUUUAAUGAUCCAUAUCUUGAUCAUAUUAUUGCCACCCUUGCAGUAAUUUUGUUGCCGAUCAAGGAUCGAGAUAAAUUCCUGGAACAGGUACAAGUAUCCUUGCAGGACACAACAAACAAUCCAGGAGAUACAGUGUGGGUAAUGUUAGAUGAAGAGGGUGAAGAAGAGGACGAAGAUAUCGCCAAUGUUGGCGCCGUUUUCUUUGAGAGUGAUCUGAUUUCUCUUCUCCAUCAGAUUCCAUUUGACAAGCUCUUCGAACAGGUGUUGUUCAUUCAGCACCAAAAUGACAAAUAUGAGCAGGAAGAGAAGGCCAUCACAGAUCAUCACAUGUUGCGUCUUUUCGCGUUUUAUGGCACACUCGUCAAACUUUUAAAGCAAGGUCUGAAGUCAUAUGAUUCGCCAAGAUAUAGACAAUUAGCGAAAAGACUCAGCGCGUUGAUCAGAGAUGUUGUUCAGUACGCCAGUGAUCAGUGGGAAGCUUUUGACAAGAGCCAAAUAACCGACGAAUUGAUGCUGCUGAAGCUGCAGACUGAAUAUGAUUGUUUUUUUCUAAGAGCGAUCCUUUGUAUAUUCUCGUCACGACGUCUAGGUGCCUGGCAAUAUCUUGCAGCGAUACCAUACCAUAUUAUAUCACCUACUACUUUGUGGCACAUCUUCUAUAUCCUGCAUUCUGAUUCUACAUCUGGUGACAUAGCAACAUCGAAUAUGUCAGUCUCAGAUUGGGAAACAGCGCUAAGUUGUCCUGAACUUCAUAGGCAAUUCGAGGAAAAACUGGGCAAUAUGCCUGGUGAUGAGUCUUACUUUCUACUGACAACCUUUGCUAAUAUGGCCAUGGCUAGAGGCCAUAAAGACUACAAUUUUGUGAGAACAACUACAAUUGAUCUGUUUCAGAUUGGAUUUCUCAGCGAGGAAACCCAAGAGUCAUGCUCGAAAGACGCAAGGUUACUUUUAUCAAACUUGACAAGCAAAUAUCCUACUCUUUUGUCUGAUAUUCUGCAAAAAUUGAAGGAUAAUUUUGUAUCAGUUGGAAAGUUGAGUUUGUAUUUGUUCACUGAGCUGAAAAUAGGAACAUGGGUGCCACAACAGCAAGACAUAACAAUUCUAUCCACUUGGUUGCAUCAGCAUCCUUUAACUUCAUCUGAAAGCCAUCUUGCUCGAUUGAUUUUUUCACAUUUGAAUUGGGGCCUUGACAGAAAUGACAAUCUUUAUCUUCCGAUUGACCUGCACCGACAAGUGGCACUGUUGAUUGUCAAACUUACAAUGAAAUACGUGCCUGAUACCCCAAUACAAACGGCUUCAUUAUUAACUGAAAGCAUGAAACAAGUUUCCUCAAUAGUGAGAGCUCAAAACAGUGAGCAAGCAUUCAGCCUGUGGGCAUGGGAGAUGAUGAAUAAACUAAAGUUGCACCAGUUGGAUCGAUCAGAAUCCGUGUGUCAAUAUACUAUUUCGAAUCCGACCGAGAGUCUCUCUUGCGUGCCUAACAUGGAGUCGGACUCUUUCUUGGAAAUUUUGAUGAAAGGAAUACGUGAGAGGCAGCCAAUAGCCAGUUACGCCUCCGUAUUGAUGACCCUAUGGGGUCAUUCGGUACCACUGAUCUGUGUCGAGGGUUUCAGCCAAUUGCAGAUCUUACAGUGCUACUAUAAAUAUGAUCAAGUGCUGAUCUGUCUGCAUCAUGUAAUACCGUUGUUUCUUGAUUGUCCGGAUUCUUUGCUGAAGAACGACAAAUUUGUUAGCCUAAUCGUGCCUCUCAUCAACGCUGAUCGGACGUACAUGAAGAUAGCGAAGAAUCUGAUCGCUCCGGAAUUUCCCGGUCCGGUUCUCAGGCAGUUCGCGAACAUGAUCGAAUCUCAUUUGCAUCAUUAUAAACGGUAUUGCUUGAACAGCCCAGAACGAUUUGUGCACCUAUGGCUCAAUGUGUUGACACUCGUCCAAGAUUGGAAUAAAGAUCACAAUGUUAUGUAUUUGAUGGACAGCGUGAUCCGUGCUGCGUUCUUUCACUUAGAAUCUAGGGCGAUGACAGAAAACAUGUUCCAGAAUCUCUUUUGUCCUGCUAUAGACGGAAGUAAUGAGAAUAUAUCAUCCAAUCGAGCACCGGGAUCGUUUGGAUCAUUUCUGAGCUGGGCAACAGGAUCUUCUAACUCGGCGAGUCUUCUUGGUGGAACCGUUCAGACAAUAUGGCUCGCUUAUCAGAUUCUUUCCACAGAGCAGUAUGAUAAGGAGCUUAAGACUGGACUAUGGCGCGAGAUCCUACGAGAAUUGUCUAUGCAGUCCAAGAUAUCUUUAGACGCUGCACUCAAGCGGGCCUGUGUAACAGUAAAGAUGACUCCGUUUAGCGUAAACAACCUGGCUAUUUACCGCUGGUCCCAGCAAGCCCUUGAUACACCUAUGGAUCAUCCAAUUCUACCUCUCUUGUGGCAAAAUUUCUUUAGUUUGUUCCUUGCACGAGCUCCUAUCAUUCCGGGAUCCAUGGAUAAAGGUGGAGUUGGAGAAAAAUUUUUCGAGGGGAUGAUAAAUCUAAGCUACUUGAAAAAGUUGAAAAAACGACUGCAUGAAAUAACAGAGUAUUUCCAAGGGAAAGGAGAAAAGGACACAGACAACGGAAAACCUAUUACAGAUGAUAGGCGUGUAUUUUAUUUCAGUAUCGCAAAGUUUUACAAAACAUUGAGCCUUUGGUUGGAAGAACCUCGUCUUCAGGAACCAGGUCUUUAUCUUCCAGCGUUGCCACCGCAGUACAUGUCGCAGAGGUUAAUUCUACUAAUGCAAGGAGAUCGAACUCUCUGGUUAGAAUACGUCGAUUACUGGGCGGUACAGCAGAGUCAGCUCAAGGCCGUCUGCGAGUGGGAGCGCGCGACGUUCCGUGAUCCCGAGAAUCAGUACCAGAAGUUUUCUCAACCUUCGUCAAAUGCUGUAGAAUCAAUUGAUCCUCUUUGCAGAAUCUUCCACAGACUAAGUUCCUACGAACAGCCGGUUUUGCCGCCUCCCUUGAACCGAAAUCAUCCAGUGAUGGGCUAUGUGGCCAGAGAAUGCCUCUAUAACUCUACUACCGUUAUCGACCUAGUCAAACCACAUCUUAGAGUCAUUCUUGAUUAUGCACAGACCUACAAUCUCAUGGUAUCUGAGCAUACCGCGGCGGACUGCAAUUUCCUCGAACUAGUCCCAACUCUCUAUCGAAUUUACGAGAACCACGUUACCUUGCACGCUCUUUGUGAUACUUCACCAUCCAACCAGAGACGUGCUAGAUCGGGCACACCUCCCACAGUGCAUUGUGCAGGCCCCGGGAUCAUCGACAUCACAGUUGAAGAAGCGCACGUUAGUGAAGGUGUGGAUCAUAUGAUAACUCAAAAUCGGGCCGAGUACGAAAAUCUCUUAGUGAAAGCUAGUCAACCACCACCCAGCAAGGUCACUUUAGGCUGCGUUUUCAUUGAUCAUUUGAUCGCCAUGCUGGAACAGGAAUUAACUGUUAGUCGCACUAAUGAAAAUACCGCUGUAUUGCGGAAGGUACAAGAGAGUGGAGUCAGACUAUUCUAUCAUUUAGUAGAAUUCUAUACAGAAGAAGCAGCGCUAUGCCCUCCCACAAAGCAACUUAUAACUACUUGCUUGGAAAAAUUAGGCCAGUUAUUCAUCAGCGGCGAGGAAGCCCAAGGUCCACAAUUACUAAGCACUAUAAUCCAGAGGUCUAAUCUUGGAGGUUUAUUGGGGCCACACUUUACUCCUGUCGCCGGGGGAGCCUCUACAUUCUUACAGAUGUAUCAAAUCGUCGUGGAUUUAUCCACCUGUUCUAAUGUCGACUUGUGCUUCGUAUUGCUCUCGAAGUUUGAUGUUGGCAGCUGGCUAAACUAUCGCCGUCCGCGAUUGAGUGAAAGAUCUACCUUCAUAGAUCUAGUUUCCAGAGCAUUAUGCAAUAUUGGUUUGAAUCCCGAAGAAGAAAAGCUAAUGCUGCAUGAACUGUUUCGAAAUCACUUACGACUCAUUCUCCUACACGAAUUCCCCGAGCAUUAUGGUGAGGUCUUAAGUGCAGUGCUGAGAGGAUCCGAGAGUCAAAAUCUGUCUUUAGAUGUGUGGCGCGACUUGUUGGGAGCACUCAGCAACAAGCCGAAGAAUAACGCACCCUCCCAGAACCCUCUUAAAAUCAGAGAUGAGAUCAGACACUACGCUACUGAACAAAGACUGCUAUCUCGCCAAGAGAUGCACGAUACCGCUGUGCUUCUAAGCCGACACUUCAUGAAAGAGAGAUUGCAAUAUGGAUUAUACGGGCUUUAUCCAAAGUAUAGAAGCUACAACGAGCCAUUGACUAUUUUUUUGGGUAUGGUCGGCCACGCUUUAGUCGUAUUGACGCUGCAAGCUGAUCGAGGAUCACUUGCCGAUCAAUUGUGCGAUAAGAUUUGGCCAGUGUUGAGCGAGAUGUUUGCGCCAUGGAUUACUCCGUACUGGACGAGGAACCUGCGAGAGCCGACGGCCGCAUGGAUUCAGCAAUUGACGGACGACAGGUCGGUGUUGCUACCGUGGAUUAUUACCGACGGUCCUUACGCGAAUCGUACGAUGGCGAUGUUUGCCGAGUGUAUUCGUUUCAUCAUCGAUACUAUGCCGGCAUCCAGCAAGAUUCUCAGUUUCGUAUGGCAGUUCUACGUGGCCAACUAUGCUCACUCAUCCGUCAAGGACCAUGUAUUGAAUGUUGUGCAUGGUAACUUGUUGUCUCUUCCUUGGGAUCGCUUCUACCCCGCCAUCAAUGAUAUCGAGUUAAUGAUCAAGGUCAUUGAUCAGUAUCUGCCGGACUGCCACUUGUUCCUCGGAAGCAUCUUCACUUGGGUCAACUGGUCUGUUUGGAUCAACGAAUUAAUGACCACGCAAUCGUUGCCGGUCGCUGCUAGGAUGCACGUUUGUCUGCUGAAUUUGUUGGUGAAGCUCUCUAAUGAACCAAACGUCAGACAGAACGAGAAAGCGGUGCAAUUAGUUACGGAAGCCGAGAGCUUUUCUUGGCAUUUAAUUGACGCCACAGCGUAUGACCAAGUAAUUAAUUGGCAUGUGAUGAGUUGCGAUCCCAAAGUGAUCCUAUGCCUGGGUAAAGAUCAAACUCAUGCUAUCGAUGUAGCUGUCAAUAACUUGCUGAAAAUAGCAGCAGCUUAUGACUCUACGGUGAAACAUUUUCAUCCUACCACUCUGAAAAAAAGACAGAUGUAUGUACGUUCAUCGAUAAAGUUGCUGAUCAACUGCACUACAAGACACAAAUCCCUUCUCUCAACUAACAAUAAAGCGUUCACUAGCAUGUUAUCGCGGAUGCUCGACGAGAUGGAAAUCGUCAUCACUAGCACUGUCUCUGAGUCACAACAGGUUGCCGAAGCCGGACUGCUAAUCACUGAGUUUUUGCACUCGAUCAACCAAAGCGGAACCUUGAUCGAUCAUCUUCGCAGCAGUUGGACGACAUGGCUGCUAGAGCGGACUGCUAGCAGUCCGGUGUUGAUGGGAAUAUUAAGGGUAAUCGGAAUAGCAGUUGCUUCUUCGUCCACUCUAGGUCACCUUAUGGAAGCUGCCUUGGAAGCUUACUUCAAAUACAAUAUAACGGAAGACGUUCGACCGACGUGGGCGUCAGUGUUGAUGGUCUUACAGCCUGUAGUACCGCGUCAGCCGCCAUUAGAAUCCGUACUGGUGUCAGAAGGAAGAUUGCUAGCCCUUUACUCCGUAUUGCUGAAAAGACUUCCAUCCUGCAGAGAUAUCCGAGAAGAAGGCAUGCUUCUGAUUAACUUAGUGGACUGGAUUAGUGCUAUUAAAACCACAGAUAUCGUAGAAGACAAACUGCCUUUGCUGUGGGCAAAAGCAUGCGAGCUGGCCUAUAGACAGUGUCGAUACAGUGAGAACACAGUGAUCGCUGCCAGAGCCUUAAAGGGAUUAGCACGAGCAUUACUAACAGUAGCGGAUGAUGCAGGACAAGGAUGGGGUAUCCUUGGGGCUAUUGGAUUAAGAAAAGGUUCUCAGCUCACCGUACGGUGCAAGUUCCUAAGUCGUGCUAUAGCUGUCUAUUGCUUGGCACAAUUACCGGAAUCUAAAUCCGAUCAGCAAUUAGUGAGGUAUACUUCACACUCGCCCGGUGUAGCACCUUCAAGGUUGACCGAUCCAGACACAAUGGAGAUUCGUCCUAGCACAGAGGCUGUGAAAGCAAUGCAGAAUUUGGAAGGGCUCCUGGUAAACAAGCAGUACGCGGAGCUGCGGGGAGACGUGGAAAGAGCCAUUAGACUCAUCAAGGAUUCUGCCAAUUCUCUUCAUAAUGUCGUUGAAAUUGUUGGCAUACUCGCCAUGGAGCUCUACAAUCAAAGAUACCUACAUGUGCUAACAGAGUGAUACUAGUUUUAUUUAUACAUAGAUUCAGUGAUAGACUGAUAAACGCUUUGAAUCGUUUCAAAGCGUAAUACAUGACCUCGUAAGAUUUUUGAUCGAAAGCUGAGUUUUGAAUCGCUCUAUGACGUCUUUUAAAGCAUUUUUAAUUCUUCACUAUUGAUUUUAAUAUUUUAA